UUUCUCCCACUCUUGUACAACAUUAAUUCUACAUAUGGAGCUUUACCCAUGCAAUAACAGCAGAUUCAUUCAAAGUAACCACUCAGUGGUACCAAGCUGUGUGCUGUUCAGUGCAGGACUUCUAGGAAACCUGAUAGCUCUUUAUAUCUUAUGGCAACACAUACUUCGUGUAAAAGAAAAGAAGAUCUCAUUGUUUUAUAUUCUGGUGACCGGUCUGACAAUCACAAACCUGAUGGGGAAAUGCCUUAUAAGUCCCAUGGUGCUGGCUGCUUAUUCCAAAAACCAGACUUUGGUGGAGCUGGCAGAUAAUCGCAUCCUGUGCCAUCUCUUUGGUUUUUUCAUGGCAUUUUUUGGUAUAGCUCCUAUGCUUAUUCUCUUAGCUAUGGGACUUGAUUGCUGGAUUGCAUUGGGAUACCCAUUUUUUUAUUGUGCACACAUAAAAAAAAAGUUUGGACUUUUCAUCCCUCUUGGAGUAUACAUUGUUUCCCUAAUUUUUUGUUCUAUGCCAUUUUUUGGAUUUGGUAGAUAUGAGCAAUAUUGUCCUGGAACUUGGUGCUUUAUACAGAUGAGUGUGGACAAACCAAACCCUAAGAUUCUUUCAUUUUCUGUACUAUACGGCACUGUCAUGGGGCUCCUUGUUCUAGCCAUUAUCUCCUGCAACUUGGCAGUGAUGAAACAUCUAUACAAGAUGUACCAAAUCCAAAACCAAAAAAUCCUGAUGGCUAUUAAUGGCACAAAUAAGUACGAGUGCACUAAAUUAGCAGGUAUGGAAGAACUGGACCACCUUAUCCUUCUAGCAGUCAUGACAAUUAUAUUUAUCGUCUGUUCACUACCCUUAACCGUACGAGUUUAUGUUGGAGCAUUUUCUGAUGAAAAGAAUGAAUACGCUGACCUAACAGUCCUCAGGUUCAUUUCCAUUAACUCUAUUGUAGAUCCUUGGAUAUUCAUCAUUUGCAGGACAUCAAAAUUUCACACCCAUGUGCACACUCUAUGUGGGAAGGUUCAAUCAAAGAAGAGCGUUCAGUCUCAUCUUCUCCAGAACAAACGCUAAAUGUAAACUGCGUUGUACAGUUUGUUGUUAGCAAGUGAAAAUAUUGUUUUAUAGACUAUAUAGAGAGUAUAGGUUAUUGAACUAUGUUUUGUAGAAAUGGAAACUCUUUUCAGAAAGAAUAGUAAACCCUACUCUAAUUAUAGAGGGCAUAUCUGUAUAGCACUAUUUGUGUCUAUUGCAGGGCUGUAAGCAUGACAAAAAGAGUAAGAUUUCCUGAUGGUUUGUUUGUUUUGUUAUUAAAAGGGCAGUAAAGUCAAAAUUAAAGGGACAAGUCUACUCAAAAUGAAACUUUCCUAAUUCAGAUAGACCAUGCUAUUUUAAACAACUUUCUAAUUUAAUUUUAUCAUCACAUUUGCUUUGCUAUCUUUGUAUUCUUUGUUGAAAGCUAAACCUAGGUAGGCUUAUAUGCCAAUUUCUAAGCACUUGAAUGUCGCCUCUUAUCUCAGUUAUCACAAGAAAAGACAAUGGCACUACUCGUAAGUAAUAAA